CGGCGAAGAUCAUAGCAGAAGUAGGGAAAUGUGGCCGUCGUUAGAACACACAACAGCUUGCAAUAAAUAUCCCUUUUAAUUCUCGAUCGGAAGACCGUUCGGUUACGUACCGCAAAUUCCUUUCUCUGCUUUGAGCAAUGUAGGCUGAUGAAACGGAACAGACGGCAAAAACGUCCUAUAACUGUACACUGUUAUUAUUCUACAUGGACAAAGACAAGUUCGCUGUGAGCGUAAGUAUAUAGGCCUGUCAAUAAAAUUCAUAUUUUGAAGAAGUGAGAAUAUUGUUUAUUUGUUAAACUGAUGUUUAAAAAAUUGCUAAUGUAUAAGUAGGUCACAAAUUCAAUAUUAUGUUGUAGUAUAAGCAAUAACAUUGCUAGUUACAAUUGACACCUACCCUCCCUCCUCUCUUCAUUUCCCCCACCCAGCAUGAUCCAUGCUCCUGGUUAGAGAUGCACCAGUUCAUUGGAGACCUGAUGGUCUCUGGGGGGUCUCUGGGGCUAAAAGACGCUCCAGGUUCAGCCCAGCCCAGACAGACCCAGGGAGAGUGCAUUAGAGAGGCCAGAGACGGAGACAUCAGUGGACAAAAAGGUGAGUGGAGAACAUUGUGGAGUAAUAGGAAAGGACAGGGAAUACUAGGGAAACAGCUUUUGUUUUCAUAGGUAAUGGCUAGUCUGGCUUUAUAAUAAAUUUAUUUUCUUGGUUUUAUAUUUCCCCCACUCGUACACAGGCCAGCACCAUACCUGCACUUGCCCUGGCUGCCCCUAUUCCUCCUCAUCCUCAUCUUCCUCCUUCCAGACCAUAAAGCCCAGAGGAACUGUGUCCUCACAGCCCGAGCCCAGCAGCACUUACAGCCCAGAGCUCAGUCAGCCCCAGAGUCAGGACAAGGAGACCAGCACCCAGAGCCCCAAUCUAGCCCCUAUCACUCUCACUAACCAGGGUACUUCUUCACCAAGCCCCCUGCCCCAAAUCUCCACCUUCUCUUGUUUCUGCUGCCACCGGGGCUUCCAGACCUGCACCCAGCUACUGCACCACCAACAGGGGGCAGCAGACUCUCCCUUCUCCCAGACACACACCCACUACCACCACCACUGCCCCCUCACCACCUGCCUGCCCCACUACCACUCCCACUAUGGCCUGUCGCCUGGCACCUUCCCCUGCCUGUCCUGCCAGCAUUCCUUCCCCUCCUGUUCCCAGCUCCUCCGCCACCAGCAGGGCCACACACACCCUCAGAACCAUGUUGUAGGGGUGACCACAGUGUCCCCCACCCUACACCCCUGCAUGCACUGUUCAGCAUCCUUCCCCCGACCCUCUCAGCUGCUACAGCACCAGCGCACCCAGCACGCUCACAAGGCCGGUGGCUUCCUGUGCACCGAGUGCGGGCGCGCCUUCAACUCCCACUCCAACCUCCGCAUCCACCUCAACGUACACACCGGUGCCCGGCCCUACUCAUGCCCUGACUGCGGCAAGAGCUUCAGCCAGUCAGGAGCGUUGAAGAUCCAUCGGCGCCUCCACACUGGGGAGAGACCCUACGCCUGCGCCUACUGUGGGAGAGGCUUCCCCCACCUGGCCGGGGUCCGGGCCCAUCAAAGGACCCACACAGGGGAGAAGCCCUACCGCUGCACCCAGUGUGGGAAGUGCUUCACCCAGUCGGGGGCACUGAAGAUCCACACAAGGAUCCACACCGGGGAACGGCCGUUUGUGUGCAGCCUCUGUGGGAAGGGCUUCUCCAACUGCUCCGGCAUCCGCUUCCACCAGCGCACCGUCCAUGGGAUGGUGUCGGAUAUGGGCGGGGAUGGAGGAGCCGGUGGGUCCCAUAGCGGGAGACAGAGUCUAGGCAGCUCAGCUGCUGUGGGACGCCCCAGUGCCAAUCCAACCAGGAUACGCAAUAACCCCCAUACUGACGUGAGCUCCAGCAUUACUCCUGCCCCCACCAAAAUCCUUCCCCCUGGGUCUCUCCUUGCUCCUCCAGGGUCAGGUCUGACUGUAAUCUCAGACAAAGAGCCCCAGUUCCAGUCUAGCAGUGUAAAGAUCCCCUCCAGGAGAGCAGAACCAGGCAGUAGCAGGGAAGGGAGGGCUCUGCUGUAUACCUGUGAGGACUGUGGGCUGCGUUUUGGGGAUGCUCCCUCCAGAAACAGACAUCAAACUCUGGUGCACUACUCUACAGAAGGGGUAGAGAAGGAGGGCCUGGGAGACACUGAGGGGGAG